UGAUACAACAACAUUGCGGGAGUUUUCACAGAAAAAGUAAGCAAUGCGUGAAAGGCGCUAUUUCACACGAAAACGAGCAGACUGAUAAUUGCAAAUUGCCAUGACGAUAUGAUGAUGGAAUUCUAGGCGAUUUUAACUGUGAAAUCUGAACCAUGAUGGCGGGAGAUAAUAAGGCCACUGGGAAAACGAAAACAGAAAAAUUCCAAUUUGGUCCAUGGACUUUAAAUGCAACACAGAGCCAUAUCCUUAAGUCUGAGGGACCUGAGAGGGAAAGAUUUGACAGCCAGUUAGAACUGCCUCAGUUUCCAGAGAUGGUAUUUGCUAACAAUGUACUUCGCCUUGAACAUAUGGGAGGAUUUGGAAUAGAAUUCAACACAUUAGAUGCACUGAAGAUGGUCGAUGCUCACCAUGACCACCUGAAGGUUGCAGUUUCUCAGGCUUGGCAGGAAGCAAGAGCUGACAGUGAACAUAUCAAAGAUGUGAUAAAGCCGUUUGAUUGGACCUAUACUACCGAGUACAAAGGCACUGUGUUUGGUAAAGAUGAUGCUCAAAUCAAGGUGUCUGACACAUCAGAAAGGAUAGAUAUGGAGAAGUUAAUGGUGAAGGAGAAGAUCAUGUUUUAUGCUGACACUUUAUUGUUUGAGGAUGAGCUCGCAGAUAAUGGAACCUCCAUUUUAAAUGUUAAGAUUAGAGUCAUGCCGACCAGUUUCUUUAUCCUAAUGAGGCUGUUUCUGAGGGUAGACAAUGUCAUGGUUAGGAUCAAUGACACACGACUUUACCACGAGGCGGAAAACAACUAUAUUCUGAGAGAAUUCUCUAGCAGAGAUGAUCAAAUAAAGAAUAUUAAGGCUCCCUUACAUGCCUUGACACAACCAAAUGAAGUCCAGAAAUAUCUUACUGUGCGGAAGGAAGUGUCUCAAAAAUUGGAAUUUCCCAUACUGUCUACAGACUCCAACUCGUUACCUCAGCAGACGUAACCAACAAAGAAUUGUCUAUUGUUACUUGUACACUGCACCAAGCUACCUUGUUACUGUGACCAUUGGAGGCACCAAGCUACCUUAUUACUGUGACCAUUGGAGUCACCAAGCUACCUUGUUUCUGUGACCAUUGGAGUCACCAAGCUACCUUGUUUCUGUGACCAUUGGAGUCACCAAGCUACCUUGUUACUAUGACCAUUGGAGAGGAUUUUUGAAUGAUUAGCAGUAUAUGAAAUUCUGUAAUAGAAGUGUGUGUUGUAUUUUC